AUCUACCGCGCCCUUCUUCUUCUUCUGUUCCUAUCGACUUCUCCUUUUCGUCUCCUGAAGGGUUUAGGGUUCAGUUAUGGAGGAUUCUUACUGUUGAAGAGGCAGCCAUUAGAGAAACUGCCCUCUGUUUCGGUGAUUUAUGCGCUAUUGAGUUCAUUGUACACAAUCGAGCUUCGCUGCCUCUUUAACGGAGCCUUGCAACUUUCUGAUAAUUGUUUAUCUUCCGAUUUCCUCGUGCAAUUUCAGUCGGGAAGCAUUUUUCACAGUGUUUUGUUGUGGGAGAUUAGCCGAAUUAGGGCUGUUGUUAGGUUUUUUCUUCCAUGUCGAUUUCCCAAGAUUUAUAUCCGUCGCAAGAUGACCUUCUCUACGAGGAAGAGCUUCUUCGGAAUCCUUUUAGUUUGAAGUUGUGGUGGCGCUACCUCAUAGCACGAGCAGAAUCACCAUUCAAGAAGCGAUUCAUUAUUUAUGAGCGAGCUCUGAAAGCCCUCCCGGGUAGCUAUAAGUUAUGGUAUGCAUAUCUGCGCGAACGCCUCGAUCUGGUACGAAAUCUUCCCAUUACUCAUUCUCAGUACGAAACUCUUAAUAACACGUUUGAACGAGCGCUUGUGACCAUGCAUAAAAUGCCUAGAAUAUGGAUAAUGUACCUACAAACUUUGACAAACCAGAAAUUAGUGACCCGAACGCGUCGGACGUUUGACCGAGCCCUUUGUGCCCUUCCAGUGACACAACAUGAUCGCAUUUGGGAGCCAUACCUCGUUUUUGUUAGCCAAAAGGGUAUUCCAAUUGAGACCUCACUUAGAGUUUAUCGAAGGUAUUUAAAAUAUGAUCCAACACAUAUUGAAGACUUGAUUGAAUUUUUGGUUAAUUCAAAUCUGUGGCAAGAAGCUGCUGAGAAUUUGGCUUCCGUGUUGAAUGACGAUCAAUUUUAUUCUAUUAAGGGGAAGACCAAGCAUCGGCUGUGGUUAGAGUUGUGUGAUUUGCUCACUAGACAUGCCACUGAGGUUUCUGGGUUGAAUGUUGAUGCUAUAAUACGGGGCGGCAUUAGGAAAUUCACUGAUGAAGUAGGGCGCUUAUGGACAUCACUUGCAGAAUAUUACAUCAGAAGGAAUUUGCACGAGAAGGCAAGAGAUAUAUUUGAAGAGGGGAUGACUACUGUUGUUACGGUAAGAGAUUUUAGUGUGAUAUUUGAUUCAUACUCUCAAUUCGAGGAGAGUAUGCUAGCUCAUAAAAUGGAAAAUAUGGAUUUGAGUGACGAGGAAGAUGAAGCACAGGAAAAUGGUCUCGAGGAGGAGGAGGAAGAGGACAUCCGAUUAGAUCUUGAUUUAUCAGUUUCUAAGUUUGAGAAGAAGAUACUUCUAGGGUUUUGGAUGUACGAUGAUAAUGACAUUGAUUUAAGGCUAGCUAGGUUAGACCAUCUAAUGGACAGAAGACCAGAAUUAGCUAAUAGUGUUCUUCUACGACAAAAUCCUCAUAAUGUCGAACAAUGGCAUCGGAGGAUUAAAUUAUUUGAGGGCAAUCCCACAAGACAGAUAUUGACGUAUACUGAGGCUGUGAGAACAGUGGACCCCAUGAAAGCAGUAGGUAAGCCUCAUACCUUGUGGGUUGCUUUUGCUAAGCUGUAUGAAACCCACAAAGAUCUUCCAAAUGCAAGAGUUAUUUUUGACAAAGCUGUACAAGUUAACUACAAGACUGUGGAUAACUUGGCUAGCAUUUGGUGUGAAUGGGCGGAAAUGGAAUUGAGGCAUAAAAAUUUUAAAGGAGCUCUCGAGCUCAUGCGUCGAGCUACAGCCGAGCCAUCUGUUGAAGUAAAACGAAAAGUGGCUGCUGAUGGUAAUGAACCGGUCCAGAUGAAGGUGCACAAGUCCCUAAGACUUUGGACCUUUUAUGUGGAUUUGGAAGAAAGUCUUGGAACCUUGGAGUCUACCCGUGCAGUUUAUGAGCGAAUACUAGACUUAAGAAUUGCUACCCCACAAAUAAUAAUCAACUAUGCUUUGCUUCUUGAGGAACACAAGUACUUCGAAGAUGCAUUCAAGGUUUAUGAAAGGGGCGUCAAGAUUUUCAAAUAUCCUCAUGUUAAAGAUAUAUGGGUUACAUAUCUAUCCAAGUUUGUAAAAAGAUAUGGGAAGACAAAAUUGGAGCGAGCAAGAGAACUAUUUGAGCAUGCGGUUGAAACGGCACCCGCUGAUUCAGUUAGGCCUUUGUAUCUUCAAUAUGCAAAGCUUGAGGAAGACCAUGGUUUGGCAAAGCGAGCUAUGAAGGUCUAUGAUCAGGCAACUAAAGCUGUUCCAAAUAAUGAGAAAUUGAGCAUGUAUGAAAUAUACAUUGCCCGUGCAGCCGAGAUAUUUGGUGUUCCUAAAACUAGAGAAAUCUAUGAACAAGCAAUAGAAUCUGGUCUUCCGGAUCAAGAUGUGAAGACCAUGUGCUUGAAGUAUGCUGAGCUGGAGAAGAGUUUGGGAGAAAUUGAUCGUGCUCGUGGAAUAUAUGUAUUUGCUUCACAGUUUGCAGACCCGAGAUCAGAUUUGAACUUUUGGAACAAGUGGCACGAGUUUGAGGUCCAACAUGGAAAUGAAGAUACUUUUAGAGAGAUGCUUCGUAUCAAAAGGAGUGUUUCUGCUAGCUAUAGCCAGACACAUUUUAUUCUGCCGGAGUAUCUAAUGCAAAAGGAUCAGACACUGAACCUUGACGAGGCAAAAGACAAAUUGAAGCAGGCUGGGGUUACAGAAGACGAAAUGGCUGCUCUUGAGAGGCAGUUGGCCCCGGCAAUCGAAGACUCGGCCAAAGAUAACAGCCGUAAAGUUGGUUUUGUGAGUGCUGGAGUGGAGGAAUCACAAGCAGAUGGAGUACCAAAGGUCACUGCUCAUCAAGAAGACAUUGAAUUGCCAGAUGAAAGCGACUCGGAAGAAGACGAGAAGGUUGAAAUUGCUCAAAAAGAAGUCCCAUCUGCAGUGUUCGGAGGCCUUGCUCGAAAGAAGGAAGACUCCGAUGAGACCGACAGAGAGAAGGAUGAUGACAGCCAUCUUGGCGCGCUUGAGAGAAUAAAAAGGCAAAAAAAAGCUUAGUAGUAGUGUUUUGUAAUUUAAUGAAGAGUUGUGUUAAAAUUAAUGAAUUUUUGAAGGAAAUAUCAACAGAAAAAAACACCCACCCUUCCUGCAUUCUUGGGGUUUAUGGUAGAAAAGAACAUCUUUUUAGACUAUAAAUUACAAGUAAUCGAUUAUUUCAAA